GGCUCUUUUUCUUUUUUCCUUUUUCCUUCUUCAAUUCUUCAUUCAUUAUUCAUUCCCAUUGCACUCCAUUAGCCACUAGCUACUCUGCCAAUCUCUUUGUUCCACGCAGACAUAGGAACCAAAUAACGACAUCUUCGAUACUUGCACAAGCGCAGACAACCGGAUAUAUUCUACCACAACUACCAGCUACAACUAUCCCAUCACUUACCAUUAUCGCAAAAAGAAAAGAGACAUCAUGAGUUGGGCUGGAUUUAAAAAGAACCUCAACAGGGCCACUACUACAGUCCUCUCCAAGACUGGAAACAUGGACCGCACUGAAGACAAGGAAUUUGAGGAAGAAGAAAAACGAGCCAAGCAACUGGAAGCAAAAGCCGAAAAGUUGCAUAAGGAAGCAAAUGGAUAUGCUAAAGCUCUUCGAGAAAUGACAGCUGCUCAAAUCAGGAUUGCAAACACGUUGGAGCAAUGCUAUGAUGAUAGUCAGUCAAUGGCGGCAUCCGGCAUCAAAUACAAGGAGACUAUUACCAAAAUGGAACAAUUAACAGAGGAUGAUGCUUAUCGCUCCACAGUACUAGAGCCUAUUGGCCGAUAUUACUCCUACUUCCCAGAGAUCAACGAAGCGAUCCGCCGUCGCAACAAAAAGUUACUUGAUUACGACAAUGCCCGAUCCAAGGUCCGGAAGCUAGUGGAGAAGCCCUCGGAGGACAGCACAAAGUUACCACGCGCGGAACAUGAAGCCAAUGCGGCCAGGGAUUUGUACGAGAGCAUCAAUGCUCAAUUGACAACUGAGCUACCCAAGGUCAUUGAUUCCAGAGUCGCCUACUUGGACCCGUCCUUUGAAGCGAUCGUCAAAUCACAGCUAUCGUUUGCCCAGGACUCUUUCAAUGCAUUGGAAAGCCUUCGACAGUACUUCCCUCCAGAACCACAGGAUUAUGAACUGGAGCAGCAGGCAGACGGUAUCUUGCAACAAAUGCGUGACUUGACGAUCUGUGGACUCACGAAAGCAUAAUACCGAAUAUAAAGCAACAACAACAAUAGUAACAAAAUAAAAAUAAUCAUAAUAAUAAAUAAACCAAGAGAAAGAGAGAGAC